GCUGGAACAAAGAUGACAUAAACCAGAAAGAUAUGGGUGACAUCAUCAGGAUUCACAAUCAGAAUAAUGAACAAGCCUGGCAGGAAAUCCUGAGAUGGGAGAAACUCCAUUCAAAAGAAUGUCCAUGUGGACCUUCACUCUUAAGGUUUGGUGGCAAAGCAAAAGACUUCUCACCCAGAGCCAGAUUUCGCCAUUGGAUGGGGCACGAGCUGCCAUUUGAUAGGCACGACUGGAUAGUUGACCGCUGUGGAAAAGAGGUCAGAUAUGUGAUCGACUACUAUGAUGGAGGCCUGUUGUCCAAACACACCAUCCUCGACGUGCGUCCAGCCUUCGACUCUUUAGGAGCCAUUUGGGACCGUAUGAAAGUGACCUGGUGGCGUUGGACCUCAACAUGAACUUACUGGACAUGAACUGUUGGAUAAACAGGAACUAUUAUUUAUAACCAAGUCUGUGGAAGGUUUAUUUUUUGCAUUUGGAGUCCUAAUGGCUUACUUAUAUUCCUGUGAUGGCUCCAUUAUGUGUAAAUUCGGAAACUAUUUAGUUAGAAUGUGGCACUGUGUGCUAUUGCAAACAUAUUAUAUCAUGUAAUUAAAGAGGAAGCGCUGUUAA